AAACUAAGAAAAGCACUUGCUGAACCUGUGGAGUCUCUAUUUGAUGUUGCAGACCAAACAACCUGGCAAUCAUUAAGAAACAUUUACAAACGUGAGACAGAGGCCAUCCUACCAGAGUUUCUGAAUAACCUUUGUCAGUUUGAAAUGGAAUACGCUCCAGCAGAAGAAAUGGUAUCCAAAUUAAAGGAUUAUGCCCAGAGUGUUGUGGAAAGUAAAGCUAAAGAGGAAUCUAGCAAAGUAUUGAUCCAUAUGAAGGAGAGGUUCACAACAGUGUUUAGCCAUGACAAGGAUUCAAAUCCAAGGGUCUGGACAGGAAAGGAAGAUGUUCGUGCAAUAGCAAAGGAAGCUCGAUCUGCGGCUCUCAAACUUCUGUCUGUAAUGGCGGCCAUUCGUUGGGAUGACGAGCCAGAUAGGAUUGAAAGCAUCCUCACUUCAACACUUCUGGAAGGCUCUGUUAUAUCAAAGAUUGCAAGUGCUGCUUCUGCUGAUCCACUUGCUUCUACCACUUGGGAAGAGCAAACAAUGGAAGCGUAGGUGUGCAUGUAACACCACUUUAUGGACUCGAAACAGAUUCCUCCGAAGCAUACAAUGAUUACCCUGUCUCAGUGCAAGUCACUGUGGAAACAAUUUAAAGCAGAAACUGAGUUCACGAUUACAAGUAGUAUCCACACAGGUGGUGAAAGCUGUACCUACAUCUCUUUUUCAAAAAUUUUUACUUCACCUUUUGUUUUUUCACCCCAGCAAGCUCAUAGGCGUGGUAAUAGUAAACUGCCUCCUCCUUGGGCAAUCAUGGCCAUUGCUAUUCUUGGUUUCAAUGAGAUCAUGGUGCUUAUUAGGAAUCCCAUUUAUCUGUUCUUGCUAUUUGUGGGCUACUUGAUGGUCAAAGCUUUGGCGAUGCAGCUAGAUGUCAGCAGAGAAUUCCAGAAUGGAGUGGUUCCUGGGAUAAUCUCUGUGUCGGUGAAGCUCCUACCAACGAUACAGAACCUGCUUUCUAAGUUAAGUUAUUUUGUUUAAACCUCACGAGACAUUUAACCAUUUGCAUAAUUAAACCUCACAAAUGCAUUGUUUAUUGAAAAAUGCAUGUUACCAUUUGAAUGCACUAGAUGCUAGUUGGGUGCAUGAUAGAUUCAUUGGUUCUACCCUCU